AUGGAGAUUAGAAACAUCCGCACCAAAAAACCAGGCUGCGCACGCCGCCAGCCCUACCCCUCCCCACCCAGCACCCUCAAAUCCUCCGUCUUCCAAUCCCCCGAAACAUCCUCGCGAAGCCCUCUAAUCUCACACACCUGGAACGAAAGCGACACCGUCCCCUGGAACACGCCGCCAGUACAGGGAACCGCCGCCUCAUCCACACCACCACACUUCGGACCCGUUUCCGACGUCUUCUACUCAUUCCACCCAUUCCUCAAACUCCCCGGGCUCUCCGAGGUUCCGCAAGAGGAUAUCCAGUAUCUGAAUCUCAAGGGAUGUUUUCGAGUGCCGUCCGGUGGGACGCUCGAUGAGUUUGUCCGGAAAUAUUUCCUCUAUGUGCAUCCUUGUCUGCCGAUUAUCAACGAGGCCGAGUUUUGGCAGAUGUAUUAUCAUCAGUCAGGUGUUGGAGCAGAGGAGGGGGGGUUGAGUCUCUUUACGUUUCAGGCGAUGCUUUUUGCGGCCUCGGGGUUUGUGUCAUCAAAAGCAAUCAAAUCUGCCGGAUUUGUAGACGCUCGAACGGCGCGAAAUACCCUGUACACACGGGCCAAGCUCCUCUACGACCUAAACUGCGAAAAAUCCAUCCUCUCCACAAUCCAGGGCUCGUUGUUACUCACCCACCACUCCUCCUCAUCGGACCUGCACGCGGGCUCCUUAUGGCUCAGCAUCGCAAUCCAAAACGCCAUCGUCUACAACGCGCUCCACCCGUCCCCGGCCCCCUCUGCAAAUCCAACUGCAAUCUCAACCCAAGGCCCAUCGACCAAGCAAGAAAACAUCAAGCGCCGCAUCUGGUGGUCGAUCCUCCUCCGCGAUCGAAUCAUCCCACUGGGUCUCCGCCGGCACCCACAAAUCACACCGCAGACGAUGGAUCUCACGGGCGAGAGCUGCCUCACGCCGCUGGGCGAGCGGGAUUUGGAGGAUGAGAUUUCGUGCUCGGAGGUUUAUGAUGCCGAGACGAAGAGGUUGCUGGCCAGGGUACUGGGGAUCCAGUGUGAGCUUGCGGUUGUUUUUUCGGAUGUGCUUGUUCUUGUUAAUUCGGGGGUUGGGACGGGGGUCGGCGUGGGGUUUAUGGGGAUGGGUGGUGCGUUUGGCCAGGGGAAGAGGCAGAGUCAGGUGCAGUCUCAGACGCAGACGCAGACGCAGACGCAGCAGGCUCAGUCGACAGCGGGUGUCAAGAAACAAGUCGCACACUGCAAAGCCGCACUCCUCAAAUGGUCCACAAACGCAAAGGCCGCGCUGGGGGCAGUCGUGAACUCGCACAUGACGCACGAGUCUGUCAGUCUGUACUUUGGUUUGACAUUCUUCUACUACCACGCCGCCCGCCUCGCCCUGUGCAACUUUGAAGCCCUAACCCUCCAACUCAACAAGCCCUUGCCCACCGAAACCACUCCUGAAGCCUCCUCAGCAGCCGCCGAAGAAGCAGAAGCAGACCACGAACGUAUCCAAGAUGACCUCGAAGACGCAACGGGCUGUAUCACAGAUACAAUCAAACGGUUUCUCGCGCAGGGCGUCGCGCACCAUUUACCUAUUAGCACAAUCCCCCUAACAGCGCACCCCCUCCUCCUCUCCGCGCUCGACGUAAAACUCUCGUCGACAAAAUCCCAGUCCGCAACCCGCAAGCGCCGCUUCCGCUACUACGCCAACCUCAUGCAGGUCUACCAGCACCGCUAUGAUGGGACAGAUACGGUCGCCGGGUUCAUCCAGCAGACAUUGCAGGUUGUGGAUUGGAUUCUGCCGAGGGCUGCGGCGGGGUUUGGUGUGCGGGUGAGGGACCGAGUGGGAGGAGGGAAGGAGGGUACGAGUACCGCUCAGGCUGCUGCUGCUGGGGGUGGUGGUGCCGACGCAGGGACGAGAGGGGCCCGUGGCGGGAGUGCGAGUCCGGCUCCGCCUCCUGCGCCCGCGAGCUGGUCGGAGCUUUUCGCCGAGUAUCCCAAGCUCUAUCUCCGGCUGACGCUUGCGCUGGACUAUGGGUUUGGUCGCGGGUAUUUCCCUGCGUAUGCGGAGAUCCACGAGUUGCUUGGUGGUGGUGGAGACGAUGUCGGGCCCAGGGGUCUGGAGGGCUCUCUUGGGUCUGGACCUGGAUCUGGACCCGGAUCCAUGCCUGCGUCGUCGAUUCUCGCGUCGGAUCUGAGGGCUUCGCCGACGAGUCCUAGUUUCGGAGGUCCCGGUCCCGGUCCUACUGGUGGUGCUGCGCCGAAUCUGGUCUCGGGGACGGUCUAUACACUGCUUGGGCCGGAACACCCACACCAACACCAAGACCACCACCAACCUCAACAACAGACCUCCCACCUCCAGCCGCCACCGCUAUCCUCGCAGCACGGACUGCCGAUUGCCAUGGGGAGUGCCGAAAAUGCGAUACUCGAUCCACUGGGCAUCGCGAGCUACGACCCCGCCAUGCUGGAGCAGUACGCAUACCCUACGCAGCUCUCACCUACGCAACUGCCAUUCUCACAUCAGGAUUAUGGGUGCGGGAUGUAUACGCUCCGGGGUGGAUCUUUGCUGGAUGAAAGUGGGAGUCCUGAGUUUCUCAACCUGGGGAGCUCGGCGUCGGAGUACUCGGAUGGAGUACUAGGGGGUGGGGUUCCGGUGGGCAUGGUGGAGGAGGGUGUUGUUAGUGCGUAA